AUGCCUAGUACCAAAACGGGACUCACGGCGAGCGACAAGUCCGCCAUCAAGGACACCUGGACCAUGUUCCGGCGAGAGACGCGCACCAACGCCCUAUCGCUGUUUGUCGCGCUGUUCUCUCGGUACCCGGAGUACCAAAAGAUGUUCCCCAACUUCGCCGACGUCGCAUUGAAGGACAUGAUGCAGUGCCCGAGUCUGACUGCGCACGCCCUCACGGUCAUUUAUGCCCUCGCGUCCAUCGUCGAGAGCAUCGACGACGAGAACACAAUGGUCGAACUGAUCAAGAAGAACAUCAGGAACCACGUCCGUCGCGCGGUGACGCCGGAGCAGUUCGUCAACAUCAACAACUUGCUCAUCGAGGUGAUGCAGGUGAAGCUCAGGUCCCGAAUGACUGCCAGCGUCAUCGUGUCCUGGAAGAAGUUCUUUGCGAUGCACGACGCGGUCACCCGCCAGACCUACGACGAGUUCCGGGCUCAGAGCGCCGUGGAACGGGUCGCUGGCACCAGCAAUAGCGGCGUCUGA